GCUACACAUAGACAUGCCAAUGUAACAGAGAGCCAAUCACAUUUUAACUUUAUUGAUGGACGGAUUUAAUAGCCAAUAAUUAGUUUUACAACGCGGAAGAAGAUUUUUCUCAACAAAGGUAGCUUCAAGGCUUCAAAUGAGUAAAUGAAUACACUGGACAGAACUGGCAUCUCCCAUUGAACAUAUCAAGCUACUUUUGCUAUUGUGACAAUGGUGGACGACUUUGAGGAUGGAGACGUCCGGUCCAGCGGAGAACUCUGGUCCGAAAUCUGCUCCAGCCUCCCGCAAGCACAAACUGGGACUGCUGCAGAGGGCAAAUCCGACUUCGGCGACUCAUUUCAGCCCAGAGCCGUGCAGGUCAAUGGCCAAACACAUGGGGCCUCUACCUGUUCAUCCGGAGCCAAGUGGGAGCCUAUGGAGGAUUCAGAAAUGUACAUCGCCAGUUUAGAAAACCGUCUAAAGAGACUGAAAGGCCAGUCCAGUGAUGUAACUUCAAGAGACAUGCUGCGUUCACUGUCUCAGGCCAAAAAAGAAUGCUGGGACCGUUUCCUGCAUGAUGCUCAGACAUCGGAGCUCUUCCAAGAAGGAGACCUGGAUGAAGGUGCUCUGGAACACUUCAAACGGUGGCUGGUUCCAGAAAAAGUGGCCAUCAGUGCAGAAGAGCUGGAGUACCUCCUGACACCGAACCAGAACCAGGCACAGACACAAAGUGAAAGGCCACCAGAACCCCAGCCCCCUGAAGAUGAUUCCCCCAGCCCAGAGAAAUAACCCCCUUUUUGAAUAUGACCCCCAGUCCCGAGCCAUUAGCCCCUCUAGGACUCAAUGAGGUGGUAAGGGUGAAGUCCUUGCUACCAUUUUCAGAGGAUUUGUGAAUCAUAUGUACUAUUGUCCCUCAAACUGUCAUUGUUAGUGUUGUCUAAAGAUAUUGUGUACAAAGUAUCAUAUGCAGUGUCAUUCCUGAUGCAGCAAUAUUAUUUUUAGAUGUUCAAUAAUAUUUUUUGUAAUGUUUUAAUAUUCAGAUUUUGACCAUGACAUGAUUUGAUUUGACUUGUUAUUCAUCAUUAAAUUGACAUUGUAUAACCUCAUAA